AUGAAUUCUGGAAUCGAUACUCUUUGCCACAAGCUCGAACAGACCUUGGCCCGCCGGCGCGAGAAAGGCCGCCUGAUGGUUCCCCCUUCUCCGGCCAAGCUAGACGACUUGAUUGAUUUCAGCUCCAAUGAUUCACUAGAUUUAUCGACCUCCGGGGCUUUAACUAAGGCUUUCAUGAAUGAGAUCAAGACUCAUCCUGCGUUUACCGUCGGAAGUACAUCAUCGCGCAUUUUGGAUGGUACAAAGCAGUACCUGCUUGAUCUCGAACGGGACAUAGCCAAGUUCCACCGUGCCGAAACAGCCAUGUUCUUCAAUUCGGGAUUCGACGCUAACGUGGCUCUCUGGUCGACGAUCCCCCAGCCCGGUGACUUCAUUCUGCACGAUGAGUAUGUGCAUGCAAGCAUCCACGAUGGGAUGCGCCGGGGUCGGGCGACCACUCUGUCUUUCAAACACAACGAUUGCCAGGCCUUUGGAUCGUGUCUUGAGAAGAUUCGAACCGAGAACUCGGGAAUAGCAGAGGGAAGUCAGGUAGUAUUCAUCGCUCUCGAGUCCUUCUACAGCAUGGACGGGGACUCAGCUCCCGUUGUCGAGCUGCUUGAGGUGGCGCACAAGACACUUCCCCGGAAGAACUUUAUAUUUUCCAUCGACGAGGCGCAUUCCAAUGGGAUCGUGGGACCAAAUGGUUCCGGGUUUGUGUCUCACUACGGAUUGGAGGAGCAGUUUCCUAUUCGACUUCAAACAUGUGGCAAGGCGCUAGGGUCCACGGGGGGCAUAGCUGCUCUUUUGUGCAACGAAACCAUUAAAUUCACCCUCCUCAACUAUGCCCGAGGGGUAAUCUUCAGUACAGCACCGAGUUUCGUGAGUGCGGCUGCGGUGCGAGCAGGAUACGACAUCGUAGGCAGUAAAGAAGGCGAAGAUCGUCGAAAACGUCUUCAAAGCAAUGUGUACCGCUUCUACCACCAGUUGACAUCGCAUCCAGACUGGCCGCAGAUCAAAAGAAAGGGCACUAUCUAUCUCCCAACUGAACAUACUUGGAAUCUGGGGCCAUUCCAGUCUCCAAUAGUACCUGUGGUUCCUCGGUAUGACCUCGCAGACGACCUGGCAAAGUACUUGGAGCAGGCCAAGUACUGGGUGAAUACCGUGCAUUACCCUAUUGUCCCCGACAAGAUGGAUCGCGUUCGGAUUGUGCUGCAUGCGGAUAAUACUCAGCAGCAGAUCGAUCAUGUUGCGGUCCUUAUCAUGCAAUGGGCGAAAAAGCAAGGCGGCAGACAGGCUCAAUUGUGA